AUGGGUUCAUCUAGCCCAAACCCCACAAAAUCACCAUUAGGAGAAACUUCACAACAAGAAGCUACCACCACCACAGCAAAGCCUACUAAGAAAGUAAUUAAAAAAUCCAAAUAUAGUCGAGGUGGUUGUGCUGAAUGUCGGCGAAGAAAAAUCAAAUGUGAUGAAUUGAAACCAUAUUGUCAUAACUGUACUCGUUUAAAUAAACUUUGUGUCUAUCCAACGAAACCAAAAUUUAAAUUUGAAACUCCUAAAACUACAUUAAACAAUGACAAUAAUAUGCUGAAUGAUCAAGCUUUGCCUAAUGGCAACAAUAUUGGUAAUAAUUCUGUUUCAUAUCAAUUCUUGCAUGACAAAAGCAAUAUUCUGAAUUUACAAAUAUACUAUAAUGAGACUCAAAAAAGGAUUCUCAAUGGAUCUAAUGGAAAUAAUAUCCCUAAUCUACAGCAACACCAGCAAAAUGUGAUACCUUAUAUAGACACAGGCAAUUUAGGAACACUACCUCCUCCCCAUCAUCAUCGUCCACCUACGAAAAAGUUCAAAAUUAGUGAUAUGUUAUCCCCUGACAAUGAUAAUCAAUCAAAUACCACCACCACCAACAACAACAGUAAUAAUAGAAAUGCUUAUGAUUUUAUAAAUAUGGAUUAUUAUAAUUGGGAUACAUUGCCAAUAACUGAUAUUCAAAACUUGUUUGACGAUGCAAGUUUAUUAGUUCAAGAUUCAUUAGGAUUAUUUACUGCAUUGGAAAACGAAUUGAAUUUACCCAUUAAUGCAGAUGAAAAUAAUUUUGGUGAGAAUAACAAUAAUGAUAUACAAUUACCUAUUCUUGAUAGUUCUUCUGAUAAAGUUUCAAGUCUGAACUCACCAUCUACAACAUUAUCACCGUCAUCAUUUGCGGUACCUCAAAAACUGUUGUCGAAUAAAAAGUUGAUUGAGAAGACAUUACUUAUGCAUGAUAUUCAAGGGCCACAUAAACUAUAUUUAGAUAAAUUAACUAAAACCAAACUAAGUUAUCAUGUUUACCCAUUUGCUGAAUCAAUUGAAACUAAUCAAGUUUUGAGAAUCUUGUUACAAUACCUGUUGGGUUCACCUUAUUUAUUAACAGCGAUAUUAGCAACCAGUGCUACUUUCCAAUUUAUUGAAACUAGACAAAUGAUACAUAAGGAUCACCAGUUUAAAUAUACCAAUAUAAGUCUCAAAUACCUAAGUGAGGCAUUCCCUCAAGAAUCAAAUAAAGAUAUUCAUAAUUCCAAUAAUUCGGGCACCACUGAUAAUGCAAAUUUUAAAAUGAUGACUAAAGAUGUUGAGAAAUUGUUAUUGACUAUAUUAGUUUUAACAUUGAAUUUCACUGCCUUGGCAUAUUUCCAAAGUAACAACCGAGAUGGUUCAACAGGAAUAAGCAGUGUUAACAAAAAUAAUUGGAAAAUUCAUCUACGAGGAGUGAAAGAUUUGUUGUUGAAAUAUUCAAAAUUAGCACACAGUAAUAAUCAACAAUAUAUUACUGAUGGAUUAGCAUUAGCUAAAACGUGGUUUUUUGCAAUUGAAUCAGUGGCCGAGUUGAAUGACCCUUUGGGCGGAACCAUUAAAUAUUCAACGAAAAACAUUUCUAGUCAUGUUGAUAUUAUCAAGACAAAUCAAAAUGUACUUGAUUGUUCCGAUCUGAGUAGAUUAUGGGUCGAAACUGGUUAUUUCAAUAGAGGGAAAAAUCAAGAUUAUCAUGAUGCUCUUUAUCGUAUUGGAAUGGUGACCAAUCCCAAUUUGCCUAUUAGUACUCAAUUUAAUAUGUUUCUUGGAUUCUCUAUUGAUGUUGUCAAAUUGAUUGAUGAAAUGACUAAACUGUUGGAUUUAUUGCGUGAAAAUAAACCAGGACAAUUAUCAGGAACUAGUAUAGCCAAUAUUUUCACGCUUAUUAGUCGAGCUAGGAAUAAUGAUAUUGUCCCCAAAGUAAACAAAGAAACAUUUGUUAUCCCCAAAGAAAGUAUUGGACAUCCAGAGUAUAAAGAAUUUGAUAAACUUGUUCUACCUAAAUCUUGUUAUACACAUGAAAUCAUCAAUGAUAAUAGUACUACCACCAGUAAGGAUGGCAGCUCAAAAGAAACAAUAUAUUACUCAUGGUACGAUUGGAGUGAACAAUUACAUAUUGAUAGUGUAUAUAUGAAAUUGUUUCAUAUUAAAGGGUUGAUGAAAUUACCAAGAGAUCAUCCUUUAGUACAAGAAUUAAAAGAUAAAGUGUUGACUUCAAUGUUUUUCCUUAAAGAUAAACAACAAAACAUUGUUGAUAAGGAAAUCAAUAAUGAUUCGAAAAUUUUCCUUGAACUGGAUCAUUAUUAUUUACAUUCUGAUCUAUUUGAUACUAGAGCAAUAAUGGCUCAAUCAUCAUAUCGUGAAUGUAUUAAAAUUGCUAAUGGUUUAUUGGAUUUCGAAAAAUUGGAAUUGUAUUUCCAAGGUUUAAUUAAAUUAGGUAAUGGGAGUUCAUUAUUGGCUUUAGAUAAUGUUAAAAGAUUUAAACAGAAUUUCAUUGACGGUAAAGAUGUAGAGGAUGACGUUGAUUUAGCAUUUGAUUCGGAAAUUAUACCAUUUUCAUAG